AUAGUAACGCAUCGAAUGAGGGACGAAAAGUUGUAGUAGUACUUCUGUAAAGGGGAUAUGGACAGAGUUGUGAGUGUGUUAGACUGGCGAAGGUCUCAGAAGUAACCUGGGGACUUAAUAGGUAUUAGCGAGUCCUCCUGCCUCCUUGAAAUGUUGAACAUUGAAGGAACAGCACCCGUUUAAUUGAUAAGGGAGAAAUAUUCAAGCUGCUCCUUGAAGGAGUUUUAACCAGUGCUUGAAGAAUUACAUAUUCCUGUGGGUAAUACGAGAAUUUUGGGCAUCACAGAAAAUAGAUCAGCAACAACAAUCCCACGAAAAAGUGUGCGCAAUAUUCGAGUCUAAGGAAUGUUUGGAAACCCUGAAUUAUCGAAUUUUUGGAUUAAGUAUUAAAAGAAGGGAGGCGGUGCUUUCUUAAAGGUUUUGGGAAGACAUAUCGAGAAGGCUCACCCAGACAGCUGUUCAUGUAGGACAAGAAGAGUGGAAACAAGUGGAGUGGAGAUACACCAUAUAGAUCAAAGACAGCAGCUUUCAGAGUUAAGACAAUGAGGCAUAAUGCUGGAUGCAUGUGCAGGAUGCAUUUGACAGUUUUUGUCUACCUCUGUAUACUGGUUAACCAGCUCUCCUUUGCACACAGGAAGGUACCCCAGAGGAAGUUGCGACAAGCCCCAGAUGAAGAAGAUACACAAGGACGUAGAGUCCCAGGACACUGGAGUACAUGGAGUCCAUGGUCCAGGUGUUCCCACCCUUGUGGCACUGGCAUAGUGGAACGAAGUAGGACAUGUCUGUCACCCUCAGCAGCCAACCCUCAGGAACAUGUGUACAUGGGGCCAAGCCUUGGUUCACUCCCACAACAAACUCCAGUAUCUCCUUAUGAUCCCUUCAGACAGGAGAGGAUGAGCCCUUACACUGGGCAUGGUUAUGCAGCCCUGCGGCCUUCCUACCCCCUGCAUACAGACAGAAAUCUAGCUAUUCCUUCUGCUAUCCCUCCUCCUUCUCUAAACAGAUAUGUAGGCAACAGGCAAUCCCCAUUUUACAGAUCUGAGGGACCUAACAGGAACAGUCGUCAAGAUUCUUUGAGCAGUCAAGAUUUGUCACGAGUGCAUGGACGUGAUCAGGCAGCAGUACAGAUACAAUCCCAUGGAGAUGAACAUGUGUUCAGACAAGACACCACUGCACUUCACAAGCAGCAAGACAUAUCCACGCGUGGAUCGCUUUCUCUCUAUAAACCUUCAGGUGUUGAAGAUGUCUUUCCCCAUAGCCAAGACAACAGAUCUAGCUUGGGCAGUUUGUUCCAGACUUCUCCACUUUCACAGAGGUAUCAGUCUGUACAUCUUGGGGAUGUUUCAGAGCAUAGGAACUAUUUACAGCAUGGAAGUGUUAGGCAAAGCCAGCUACAAGCACACUCUACUCAACAGCCCCAUACAUUAAAGAGGAUCCGUCAACGUGGACCCAUAAAGCCUGGAACAUUUGGAUAUGGGAAGGUACCAUUUUCCUUACCACUUCUUAAGAAAAAUGAGCUUGGCAGACGUUCCAGGAGAAACAGUCAGUUGCAGAAAGAUGAUGCAGCACAUUUUCAAGGCCAUGCAGAAAGGCAGGAUUUGGGUAGUGAAAAAAGGCAGCACGAUAGAAGUGGAUCCUCCAGACCUCCAGCCCCCAAAACACUUCAUAUCCACACAAAAAGUGGGAAAGAUACAGAGAUGGAGGCUUUGAAAACUAAAACAACUUCCCUGAAGCAAAAUCAGAACACAGAACUGCCAACAGAAAAUGGUUUACAAGCCACAGAACAAACAGCAACCAUUCAGCCAUUCAGUAAAAACAGACAGCUAAAUGAGGGUAACGUAUAUCUUGCACAGGAAGAAACACUAAUACCAGAAGAAAAGAGAAGUAGUUCUUGGAACUUUGCUAAAGAAAGACAUAUUGAGCCAACUGAUGGAAAGGAACUGUCUGAAUUCUUGGGCAACUAUAGUAGAAUUGUAGCAGAGACACAGCCUGAGGAGGGACUGGAUGCCCCACAGCUUCAGGAGUCCCUUCAACAAGAACAUCAAACAGGAAGUUCACUUGGAAACCAUUCAGAAAGCUCCAGGGGCCAUGGCCUUCUGAAAGGGGAAGACAGUUUUAUUACAGCUUUAGUCAAAGAGGUUGAAUACUCCACACAUUUUGAAAGGAAUAACAGGACUUCAGAGACUACUCAGAAUCCAUUUCUGGUAGACUGGAGUAGUGUAAAUGCACAUCAGCACUUAAAAAAUGGGAUAGGAUUAAAGGAGACCCCCGAAAUUUCCAGUACUGAGGUUGUAUUUGGCAAAAAUGAGAGAAUGGAUAAGGCUGGCCUUGAGGAGGUACAGAAAUUGAACAAGACCAGGAAUAGGGAAAACCUGGGCUACUUCCAUAGAAGAACACUGGAAAGCCAGCAGCCUGAAAGAAUAUUAGGAACUGGUGUGGUGCAUAACAGCAAAAAGGUUCCACAGGCAGUUCAGAGAUCUCAUUUUCAAGGAGUACAGUAUACUGGGAACCAGACUUCAUUAUCUGAUCAGUACCUGACUUACAGAAAUCCAAACAGGAACCAAAAUAAGCAUAGAUUAUUUCUGCAAUCACAGCAGCUCCCCCAGCAAGUUGCCAGAAGUGAUGAGUUCAGCCAUUUACGUAAUGCGGACAGGUCAUCUCUUCAGAGUCUUCAACGGGAGCCUAUUGUUCACCAUGGGCUUGGAUCCCAAACUCGAACUUCCCAAGCAAGUAGGACUCGGCAGCACAGACAACAUCAGCAUGGUGUUUAUGACAUUUUGACUUCACAAGAUUACCGUCUCAGUGCUGCACAACCCAUCCGACAAGGUCAAGAAGAAACUGACAGGUGGAAUUUGCGAACAAAUGUACCAUGGAAUAGCCCUCAGGGAUCUCCUAACAGGUUAUCUCCAUAUUCAAAUGCAGAAAUUCAGGACUGGAGUCUUUACAACCCUGAUGCAGGAAACUUCAUUUGUGAAGGGGAGCAAAAACAGUACAAAGUUUGCAACCAGGAGCCCUGCCCAGCAGAACGGCCUAGUUUCCGAGCCACACAGUGUGCUUCUUUUAACAAACAAGAAUUCAUGGGACGGUUGUAUGAGUGGGAACCUUUCACUGAAGUGCGGCAGCAUCAAAGGUGCGAGCUGAAUUGCCGUCCAGUGGGAUACCGUUUUUAUGUUCGACAUGCAGAGAAAGUUCAGGAUGGAACUCCAUGUGAACUAAACUCCAAAGAUGUAUGCAUUGCUGGGAGGUGUCUGACCCCUGGUUGUGAUGGUAUCCUGGGAUCCAAUAAGACUGACGAUAAGUGUGGCAUAUGUGGUGGUGACAGUUCUUCUUGUAAGUUUGUCUCCGGGAUAUUUGACGAUGCUUCUGUGCCUAUCGGGUACCACAGAAUAAUUGAAAUUCCUAAGGGGGCUACAAAAAUCAACAUCACAGAAAAGACUGCAAGCCCAAAUUACCUUGCACUGAGAACUCACUCUGGAAAGUCAGUUGUGAAUGGAAACUGGGCAGUGGAUCAACCUGGACAGUACAAGGCUGGAGGAACAGUAUUCCAAUACAGUCGACCCACCAGUAUGGAGGUUGGGGAGUCAUUCACAGCUGAGGGACCAACUUCUGAAUCCAUGGAUGUUUACAUGAUAUUUCAGGAGAAAAAUCCUGGGAUCACUUAUGAAUUCUUUCUUCCAACUGUGAAGCCUGAUAAUCCAGCACAUGUUCAUCUUGGCCCAAGACAGCAAUUUAAUUCUCUGCCACCAGCCCAGUCGACUGAGUCAUUACAGGCCCCACCUCGUUUGCAGGAGCGUGUGCCUAAUGUUAGAAACCCCAACCCAGUGUCACGAGCAGCCCAGUCAGGAAGGUCGCAUGGUACUCUCCAAAGAAAUGUCCGCAUCCCUCCUCAGCUUGAACCUCCAAUUCAGCUCCCCCCACAUCAGCAGGAGUUUUUCUGGAAAAGAGUUGGUUCUACCCAGUGUUCUGCUUCCUGUGGAAAAGGAUCACAUUUUCCAAUAUUCCGCUGUGUGUCGCGCAGUACCUUAGAGGAGUAUGGAGAUCGGAAUUGUGACAUCAGUGCAAAGCCCAGUAUCAUAGAGGAAGCUUGCAACACCCACCCAUGCCCUGCUUUCUGGGAUGCUGGUGAAUGGUCAGAAUGCAGCAAAACUUGCGGGCAAGGAAUUCAGCACCGCCAGGUUAUCUGCCGCCAGUUCUUUGCCAACCGCACCACCAUGGUACAACCACAGCUUUGUGGGCAGCUGGAGAAACCCCCAAUUACACAGUCAUGCCAGGUCCGCAUUUGCAGCCACUGGGAGGUUGGAACCAGCUGGAGUUCUUGUUCUGUUUUAUGUGGUGUUGGGCAAAGAACAAGAAGUCUCAGAUGUGUCAGCAGUACUGGUGACCUCAUAGCAGAUGGCGAGUGCAACCAAAGGCAGCGUCCAAACACUGUUGAGACCUGUGACAUGGGACCCUGUGUCAAGAGCUGGUUUCAUAGUGACUGGAGCAAAAUGUGUUCUGUUGAAUGUGGUCCAGGGGUUCAGCGGCGCUCAGUUGUUUGUUUGUCAAGCCAGACAGAUGGCUUGUCACAAGAGAGCUGCUCAGGACCCAAGCCAGCUGACAUGCAAGUGUGCAACAAUGGCCCUUGUGAGCGCCAGGUGAAGUGGUUCACUGGACCUUGGAAUCAGUGUUCUACUGAAUGUGGUGUGGGAACACAGCGCCGUGACAUUAUCUGCAUUAGUAAACUGGGAACUGACUUUAAGUUGACCGAUCCAUCUGAAUGUGUUCAUCUGGAGAAACCUGCCUCAAUCCAGCCCUGUGAGAUUGAGUCGUGCAAGGCGAGAUGGUACACAACACAGUGGAGUACUUGUUCUAAGUCUUGCCAAGGUGGAGUCCAGAUGAGAGAAGUGCGGUGCUUGACAGAGGAAAAGGCUGUUAGUGAUCUGUGUGACCCAGAAGAGAAGCCAGUUGAUAAGCAGGAAUGUAAUACACAGCCCUGCAGUUUGGAGUUAGGUGAAAGCUGCAAGGAUGAAUACCACAGUUGUGCAGUGGUGGUCCAAGCAAGAUUGUGCGUCUAUUCAUAUUACAAGACUGUAUGUUGUGCAUCCUGUGCACGGGCUGAAGAAAGAAGAACACGACGCACCCAGUAGGAUCCAAGAGCUGAUCUGUAGUCUUCAAACAGAAAUAAUUUAUUUUAAAAAUAUAUGAUGUAUAUAUAGAGAGAAUAUAAUGUAUCAGUGUGAACUGACUGUACUCCAGCUAGAAAGCCCAGUUCUUCUUAGUUCAUCACUUUACAAAGCAUACAGCAGUUCACUUUGCUGACGUUUUCUAGGCAUUGUAUAUUUUAACAGAGAACGGGCUUUCCUUAGAUUUUUUUUAAGUUUACCUUUAAUCCUUUUUAUCCAUUUUGUCCACCUUCAUUUCAGUUUUUACUACACAUGUUCUCUGCAGUGCUCCCUCCAUCCUUUUUCUGCCUCUGCUUGGGAAUUGGCUUCAUCUAUUGAUUAUGACAUUAAUGUAUAAAUCAUUGGUCUUCAUUUCAGAAGUUGGUAGGGUUUUUAUUCUUAAGAUUAGUACUGUUGUUCCCCACCUCCACUCGUGCUUGUACAUGUACAGUGUAGGUUGUGUGAACUAUUUUACUUCAGUCCCUACCUUCUGCAUCAUGUCUUCAAAAAAAAAAAAUAAGCUAAAAUAAGAUGGCAUACCAAAUUUUAUUAAAUGUAUACGCUUUUUUAACAUAAAUUAAAAAUGAGACUGAAGAUGAAAGAAAUAGGCUUUGAACUGGUAAAAAAAACUGUUGAUGCAGCGACGUUGUUUUUUUACCAGCGUAAGAGAAAGUAAUGUGUAGAUGUGGCAGUAUAUUUUAAUGAGCAGGAUGUGAAGACAUAUAUUCUUACUUUUAACAAACUUUUUACAUUAGCCAGCUGUUUGCAUGGCUUCACUUCAGUGGUCUUUGUCUAGACCACCUGCACUGCAUCAUCCCUUGAAUUGAUCACUUGUAUGGUAGGCCAAAGACCAUAAAGGUCUAUAAGUUCCCCCUUUUUCUGAUUCAUGAUCAUUGACUAGGAGAGAGCUGAAACAUUAUGCCUAUGGGGUUGAUGAGAGGUUACUACUCAAUACUGGGCAUUGUGUCAGUUGCCUGUUGUUUUUGUUCAUAAUACCUAUCACCAAACAAUAUUAUUUUCCCAGACAUCUGUCACCUGUGUACUACUGAUGGGUGGCAAUGACUUAAGGAAAGUGAAGUAACAAUUUCUAGACAGGGAAGAUCUUGCCUUCAGAAUACUACAUAUGAAAUAUGGGUAGCAUAUAUAGUCAGACAUAAAACUUAUCAGAUAUUGUAAACUUUGUUUCCUCUUCAGUAGAGAGUAGUUUCUGGAGAGUGAUAUGUUUGUGUUUUUACAAGUGUCUUGGAUCUUCCAUGAGGGUGUCAUUUUUUUAUUCUUGUUGCUGAUUCACAGAGGUACAGUAAAAUGCAGAAACACGA